GUUUCUCCCUGUCGGGGCGGAUUUCCAUCCUUGUGCGCUCCGCUCGGUGCACCGACCCGGUUUGAACCACCGCCGCUGUCUCCUCUCAUUCGUCUCCUCCUCUCAGCCUCCCGGCAGCCUCACGUGUGUGUGUGUGUGUGUGUGUGUGUGUGGGUGUGCGGGUAUCUGUGUGUGUGAAGCAGAGCGUGUGCUUUUAUUUAUUUAUUUAUUUAUUUUUAUGUGCGCGGACAUAUUUUCGGUCUCUCACACUCCGGGGUGCGAUGCCAUUCCUCCCGCAGGAACCUGAGCGCCUCGAUGGGUUGUCUCUACUUUACUGGACGAUCAUGGGCCCCCAUGGCAUCAACCGAGCUGUCCAGAGGCUGGAGUUCUCCGACUGCAAGAAAGGACUCGGGGUGAAAAUAAUUGGAGGCUACAGGGAGCUGACAGGUGAAGACUUCGGGAUCUACAUCAAACGUGUGAUCGCUGGUGGCCUGGCUGCUCUGGACGGUCGGCUUAAGUCAGGUGACCUGAUUCUGGAUGUCAAUAACAUCAGCCUGAUUGGAGUGACCAAUGAGAGGGCGGUGGAGAUCCUGAGGAGCGCCUCGCUCUCCAAUCACAUGUCGUUGCUUGUCGCCAGAGAUGACGAAUCCAGGAGGGAGUUUGCUGAGCUGAUGGAGAAGUACAGCUCCAAUAACGUCACGGCGUCGGGAAGAAUCUCUCCAACGCAGCUGUCCACAGGGAAGCUGACGGACACGGCGUCCUCCUCGUCUUCCUCCCGGUCGGAGAGCCCACAGCUACUCAGUCCUAAAGAAGGAAUCACCGCCUACAGCCACGCUCCGCAUUACGCCACCACCCCGGCCUACACCGUGCACACUCCGGCACACGCCUUCAGUGACAGCGUCAUUCAGUUGAUAUGUGUCGCCAAGGGAACAGGCCUGGGACUCGUCGUCAAGGGAGGGGCCAACCGAGCUGAAGGACCAAUGGUGUUCAUUCAAGAAAUAGUGCCUGGAGGAGACUGCCAGAAGGACGGCCGGCUGCAGGUGGGAGACCAGCUGGUGUCCAUCAACAAAGAGUCUCUGAUCGGAGUGACGAAUGAGGAGGCCCGGAGCAUCCUGACGCGCACCAAACUCAGACCAGACCCCACGGUAGAGAUUGCCUUCAUCAGGCGGAGGUCGUCGUCCAGCUCCAGCAGCGGCUCCCACAGCCCCGUCUGUCUGCAGGGGUGUGGCGUCGGAGCCGGACCCCAGACGAAGGCCCUUGGGUUGGGCUCCACGGCUCCGCAGCAAACCAUGGUGACCAAGAUCACUUCCAGCAGGAACCCCGCCUGCGAGACGCUGCCGCCGGUCAACAUCACACAGGUGCGAGUCGCUCCAGGCAGAACAGAGCAGACGGGAGUCUCCUCAGUGCCACAGAGCGACAGCAGCACCGACACAAACCCUGAUUCUGGGAGCAGUCAGCCACCUCAGAGGAAAUGUUCGCUCAGUUCCAGCUGUCGAUUCAAACUGGAACGACUGGAGCAGGCGCUGGAUCUAAUCGGUCUGAAGCCCACAGAUGCGCAGCGGCAGGCUCUUAGGUCCAGACUACGAGCCGAUCCAACUGGAACAGUGGCCUUCACAGACUUCGAGAGCCUGAUCCGGGAACUGUUCAAGCCUCAGCUGGAGGAACUGUUCGGCACCCAGUCCAGCUCCAGGUUCACGUCAGACGACUUCUCCAGCCUGCUGGAGUCUCCAACCAACCCACCGCCGUCGCUGUCAGACUCGGACGACCUGGAGGAGAUGGAGAAGUUGAGGAAGGAGCACAUUGAGGCUCUGAAGGAGAUCAAGACACUGCAGGAGCAGCUUGUUGAGUCUCAGAGAGUUCACCAUGAGCUGGAGGAUGAGCUCAACAAGGUCAAACAGGAAGCGAAAGUGGGAGCAGAGGAGAGUCGGACUCUGAGGACCCGGAUCCAGCUGGCCGAGGAGGCCCAGAAGCAGGCCAGAGGGAUGGAGAUGGACUACGAGGAGGUCAUCCACCUGCUGGAGGCUGAAAUCGCCGAGCUGAAGACUCAAAGGGUGGAGCAUCCAGCAAUGACCAAGAAGGAGGAAGCCGACGAGCUUAAGAAGAAGGUGGCUAUUCUGGAGUGUCAGCUACGGAAGAGUGAAACGGCCAAAAAGGGUUUUGAGAUGUCAACGGGAAAGCUACUAAGUUUUGUGGAGAACGUUCAGGACUUUUUGCUGGAAAGUCACGGACCCACAAAGAGCUACAGAGUCUGCACUAACGAGUCCGGUUCCUUGGGGGAAACGGUUGCCGUAGCAACCAGCAACCUUCAUCUCUACAUGUUAGUUUUGCUCGUCGUUUUACAGUUUGUGUGCAUGUGUGUGUUGUGUGUGUACCUUUACCACUGUUUUCUGCUUUGUUGCUGCUGAUAUACACAUGUAGCGUGUGUUAACGCAGUUCUACAUGAAAUAUACAUACAAGUCAUGUACAGAUGGGAAAAUAUGUAAACAAAUGUUUGAACAGGAAAAAAAUCCCAUAAAUUUUUUU